AUGAGUGACCGUCACCAUUAUCGCAGCCGCCGACCCUCAACCAGCUCCAGUCCUCAUCAGAGACACAGUCGAAAAACUCGGAGUCGUAGCAAAAGCAGAAGUGCUAGCUUCUCAGCCUCGUCGAAACGCAUUCGCCAUCAUGACCCUUUCGAACGCGAACUUUGUAGACGCCACGAAGAGCACGCAAUUAGUGAAGGCGCCGAAAAGCAGAAGCUUGACGAUCGGAAGGAGGAUAAGCAGAGACUGCGAGUUCGGAAUGAAGUGGAAUAUGAAAAUGAAGAUAACGGCAGCUUCAAAAGCUCGGACAGGAAAAGCACGAACAGAAGUCAUCGACACGACUCUUUCCACAUUAAUCAUCGCCCGCACUCUUGUUCGUCAUCGUCGUUGUCUAACUAUGAGUCGGAUCGCUCUGACGGACUUGAUGUGAAACGUUCGCGUUACAAGCGAAAGCGUGAGCAUAGUAGCUUGAAAAAGGAUAAGAAGCGUCGCAGUAAGGAAAAAAAAACGAAAGAGAAGAAAAGUAAGAAAAGCAAGAAAAGUAGCAACAAAAGCGCUGUGAAUCAAAACGAGUAUGGAAAAUUUGGCAUAUUGCGUGAAUCGGAUAUUCACAGGAAGAGUGUGUCGUUUCAGGCGUGGCUACGCGACGUCAAGAAGCAGGGAGAGUUUAAUGGGCCAAAAUGGGAGGCCAUGGAACUUUUUAAGGAGUACAUGGAGGAUUACAACACGUGCACAUUGCCUCACGUAAAAUAUUACGAUAUUGAGCGAUAUGAGCUGAAGCAAUAUCAGAAAAAACAGGAUAAGGCUCGCUCGAAGCACGGGGCUGCGUCCGAUAAGGUUCUUGGAAUGGUUGCCGAUGAAGAGCGUGUACGACGCGAUCGCCAGGCUAUGCGCGAACAAAAGGAGCAGGAAGAUUUUCGUCUUGUGAUGCAGCUCAUGGAUAAAGACAAGAUAAAUGCAAUGCGGGAGCAAGAGCGGCUCCGAUCGCAAAUGCAGAUGUUCUAUAAGUCAGGCAAUGUUGAAGAGGCCCGCCGUCUCGAGCAACUUCUCAACAAAGUAAAUGAGGACCCGCGAAUUAUGCCCUGA